GUACAGGAGAGAAAAGUUUUCCAAGAAUUACUGACACACCAGGGCACUGUGGUAGAGACUUGCAGAGGGCUGAGGCAGACCCAUGUGUGUGCCUACCACAUAUAGAUGGGGGAAGAAGCCAGAGUCCCAUAUAAGUAAUUCCACAGGGUCUUUGGCUUCCCACACAGACCCCCAGAGACUCUCCAAAACCUCUUCUAUGAGCUGAGGAGCUUCUUGAGCAGAGUCCUUCAAAAAUGCCACAUCACAAUCUGCAGUACGCAAGGCAAGCACCCCGAGGCUGUGCUGUUCAAGGUGGGUGCUUACCUGGAUGAAGCCACAGCCACCUGUGCAAGCACCAGCUGCAUCACCUUCUACUGCAGUUUCUCAUCCUGCAACGAGCGUUAACUCUGCUGCAUGAGGAAAAUGUUCAGCUUCCGGCUGAGAUCAGCCUCCCAAGAGCCUUUUCAAGCCAUGGAAGGCAGUCUCCUUCCUCUGAUGUCUUCAAGCCAAGGAGGGCUAUUCCCAGGUGCAUUUCUACCCUUUGAGAGGGAACAGCUGUAUCCCAGACUCAGAAAUACAAGGCAUUUAAAAAUGCCAAAGGACUAA